GUUACUAUUACACUACUACUACUACUACUGCUAUUACUACACUACUACUACUACUACUACUACUACUGCUACUACUGCCAGGCAGAGAAUUCCCCGCUCUCCUUUCCAGUUUGUCGACGACCGUCGAACCGAACGCGUCGCGGCAUCGCAUCGGGGCAUCGCGCCGGUCUCUUCUCUCUCUCUCUUCCGAGCACCGUGGUUGAGUGUGUUUCUCUCUCACUUUCGAUCGGUGCUCCACUCGAUCACGACGUAUUACUAGAUCGCACGUAUUACCGAUCGCUAUACUGUCGAGAUUAAUUCCCGAAGCAAGAUAAUACUUGCGUACAACUAUAUAAUACAUAUAUAUUUAUAUAUAUAUUUAUAUAUAUAUAUAUAAUUAUACAUAUAUAUAAAUAUAUAUAUAUAUAUAUAUAUAGUGAUUUUGAUAAAGACACUCGAAGAUUUUACGUUUUACAAGGAUUGUAUUGUGUUCGAGAGAUACUUAAACCGUUGGAUUGUUUUUAUAUUUAAAAACGAUAGAAAUAAAAGGAAGAAAAAGGAAAAAGAAGAGGAAAAGGAAAAGAAAAAAGAAGAGAGAGAGAGAGAGAGAGAGAGAGAGUGCGCGGGCGGGAGCGCGCGCGUGUGUAUGUGUGUGUACGCACGAUCAGCACGAUCAGAACGAUCAGAACGAUCAGAGCGAUCAGAGCGAACGAACGACCGAGUGAUCGCGCGCGCGCGCGUUCCUCCAUAGUGUUGUCUAUCUCUCUCUCUCUGUGUGUGUACAGAUCGAGAGCAAUCGGAGGAAGUUCAAGGACGAAGACUCGGUAGUGUCUUUCAAUCUAAAGCUCGCAAGUGUGUUUUUUCAUUUUCUUUCUCUCUCUCUUACAUAGUUACACACAAACAUACACGCAUACAUAUAUACACACCAACAUAUAUACAUAAAUACGUAGACAUAUUCAAGCAUCGCAAACAAAUACAAGACUAUUUCUCGUAAUCGUAUCUUCUUAUAAUAAACUCUGUGAAUAGAAAAACGAAAAGGAAAUAGUGUCUCGGAACUGUUACAAAUAUCGUUCGUUGAUAAUUUCUAACGAACGUUCGUAUAAUCUAAAAAUAAAUAUAAUAUAUGUACGUUGGAUAGAUUAGAGAAGUCGAUUAUUAUUCGAUAAAUAAAUGUGUGAGUGAAAUAAACGUGAAUGACGAGCUGCGCUAUGGAGUACCAACAAUUGGCACCACCGCCGGUACCAACAGGGGUGCUGCAUCAGACGCAUCAUCCACAGGCCCAACAUCAACCACCACCCCAUCCACCACAUCCUCAUAUCGUUGUUGCUCCUGCACAUCAGCAACAACAACAACAACAACAACAGCAACAGCAACAACAACAGCAAGGACAAAAUCAACAGCAACAACAACAGCAACAACAAUCUUUACCACCGACCACUCAUGGUCAUCAGGUUCAUGGACCUUUACCACCGAUUCACGACGACAGUACCAGCUCACGUUGGACACAGUAUCAACAUCUAUGGCGACAGCAUCAUGUCUAUAUGAACGGGAAGCAAGGGAAAGAUGGACCGGAAGAAAAGAAGGAUGCCGACGGAGAGCUUUGGGGCAACGUGGAAGCGCAGGCCGCCUUCCUCGGGCCCAAUUUAUGGGACAAAACUUUGCCCUACGAUGCCGACCUGAAGGUAUUGAACCAUUACGUGGACCUGGACGAGUUCCUCUCCGAAAACGGCAUCCCUGUUGAUGGAGUAGCCGGUGGUGGGCAAGGAACGAUGCAGAGCGCACAAUUACACAAGAUCAACAGCACCGAAGCGGCAAGUCAUCAGGGACCAGCCGGUCUUCAUCUCGAACCGGUCACCAAACGCGAAAGGUCACCCUCGCCGAGCGAGUGUUGCUCACCUGACACCUUAAAUCCACCUUCACCAGCGGACUCCAAUUCGGAGGACUCGUCACGAAUACAAUAUGGCUUCUCUCUUGUAGCGCUCUCGAUGGCCUCAUCGGGCCGAGAUUUCGAUCCACGAACUCGGGCCUUUUCCGACGAGGAACUAAAGCCACAGCCAAUGAUCAAGAAGUCACGGAAACAGUUCGUUCCGGAUGACUUGAAGGAUGACAAAUACUGGGCGCGUCGUAGGAAGAACAACAUGGCGGCGAAACGAUCACGAGACGCACGACGCAUGAAGGAGAACCAGAUAGCUCUCAGGGCCGGCUUCCUCGAGAAAGAGAAUAUGGGUCUACGACAAGAAUUGGAUCGAUUAAAGAAUGAAAAUAUGUUGCUGCGUGACAAGCUGAGCAAGUAUACGGACGUCUAACAGCCCUUUUAAAAAGCACCAGCAGCAACAACAGCGGCAGGAGCAGAAGCAAAAGCAAAAGAGCAGCAAGACCAGCAGUAGCGGCAGCGAUAGCAGCGACGGCGGCAGCAACAGCAGCGGCAGCGGCAGCAGCAGCAGCAGCAGCGGCAGCGGCAGCAGCAAAAGAACAGCAGCAGCAACAACUGCAGCAACUGCAGCAAGACGAUGACGACGACGACGACGAUAAGACGGACGGAGAUACAGACACGAGAGAAUUGAGCAGCGUGUGUCAUGUACCGGCUCCUCCCUCACUUUAUAGUCGCAAAACUUAGAUUUCGCCUCCUCCGAUAGAAGAGAAGAGAUGAAAAAAAGAAAAGAAAAGAAAAGAAAAAAAAAAAAAAAACAAAAUGAAGAAGAAAAAAAAGAAAGGAAGGAAGGAAGGAAGGAAGGAGUAUGCCGAAGAAGAUCAGAAAAAAAGGAGAAACCUCGGAAAAAAAGGAAAAGAAACAAAAAACUAAACGAAGAGAAAAAGAGAGAAAAAAAAAAGAAAGAAAUCUAUAUAAACUUGUCCCUUUUUACACCUCCCCAUUCUACACCUGUGAAACCCCAAACAUCCACCUUUUUUGUCCUACUUUUACCCCCCCUCAAAUUUUCCUUCCGCGAGCAUUUCCCUCAUUUGUACAUAAUAAUAUAUAUAGUUAGAUUACAUAUAUAUAUAUAUAUAUAUAUAUAUAUAUAUAUAUGCAAUUUUAUAUAUAUAAAUAUAUAUAUAUAUAUAUAUAUAUGGAAAACGAGAAAAAAAAGCAAUGAUAUCGAUAUAUCAUAUAUUAUUAUAUUAUGAACAAUAUGAACUUAGGAAGAAUACACUUGAUCAUCACCCUCGUUCCCUCACCCAUCCCCUCUACUUUGCUGCCAAUUUCCUAAUCCCCUCUUCAUCUCAUCUUACUUUACAAUUUUACGUAAGCGUAAUAAAAUAAUGUUCACAGUACUCCUUACGUUUUUUGUUUUUUUUUUUUUUUUUUCAAUGUCUCAAAGUAUACGUUCGAUUUGAGUAAUCAAAUUUAAUUAAUUAGAACUCUUCUUUUGGUGAUACCGAAGACCUAGAUAAUAAACGAACAGAACGAAGAGGAAUACGGAUAAAUUUAAUCAUAUGCGAUAGAUAAAUAACACAAGUGUUUGUGUUUUAUGAGAAUUAGAAUGUAUUAAUCCUGAAAAUUGUAUGACGAGUAUGAUAUUUCUUCUUCUUCUU